AUGUCAUCGUCGUCGCAGGUCACCGAGUCAUGGAUAUCGUCGUUCUGUGGGCUUCUAGGCCACGAAUACUUCGCCGAAGUAUCCGAAGAUUUUAUUGAGGACGACUUCAACCUUACGGGGCUGCAGUCGCAGGUGCCCAUGUACAAAGAAGCGCUGGAAAUGAUACUGGACGUUGAACCGGAAGACGAUGAUGACGAGGAAGAGGAGGAGGAGGAGGAUGAAGAAGACGACGAGAUACUGGGCGACGAGAGACCGACGCCGUAUAGAAGGGCCAGCGACCGAAGACACCUCCGGAUAGCUUCCGAUCUUAGUGUGAUAGAAAGCUCCGCCGAGCUGCUGUACGGUCUGAUACACCAGCGCUACAUAACUUCACGACCUGGAAUCCAGCAGAUGGCGGAGAAGUAUGAGUUACAGCACUUUGGCACAUGCCCGCGCGUGCACUGUAACUCGACCAAAGUGCUGCCGGUCGGCCUGAACGACAGCCCUGGUCACGAGACAGUCAAACUAUUCUGUCCUUCCUGUCUCGACGUCUAUACUCCGCCUAAUUCGCGCUUCCAGACCGUCGACGGCGCUUUCUUCGGCACCACAUUCCCCUCGCUCUUCUUCAUGACAUUCACGGAUCUCGACAUUGGAAGCGGCAUCCGUAACAACCCCACAACCGCCGCACAGGCUCUUAUACAAAUACAAGCUGAAAACGCAAAGAACAGCAACACCACCCCUGCGAAUGUCACUUCUAUAAACGGAAUUGCACCUCAUAACUUGGCACCUGGGAUAGGUGCGGGCAAUAUCUACGAACCUCGCAUUUACGGAUUUAGGGUGAGCGAGAGGGCGAAGUCAGGUCCGAGGAUGAAAUGGUUGAGAAUGAAGCCGGCAGACGUGACGGAGCUGGACGAGACAAGGAGAUAUUGGGAGAAUCCACCCGAUGACGCAGAUCGACCACAUGAUGACGAUCUCAACAUGGUGGACGUAGCAGAAGGCAAAUCCGUCGACAGCAGAAAGAAGAUUUCAGCGAGGAGGAAACGUACCAACGGCUCAGGCAACGGAGGCGGGAGCCCCAUGGAUACGAACGGUGUCGGUGCUGCAGGCUAG